UCUUUACAAAAGUCUGCAUCAUCAAUAUGUAGAUGGAUGCCAAGAAAUCAAUACAGGAGGUUUGAUAUCCAAAAUGAAUCUUAAAACACGUUUUCUUAGAGAAGACCAUUUGAUUUAAAGACAUAAACAUCAUAAUUAAUAAGAAACUGAUGCAUAACCAUGACCAAAGACCUUGACGUGGACUCAAUAAUAGAGCAACUGCUUACAGCCAAAGACUCGCCCACCAAACAAGUUCAGUUGCCAGAAACACAAAUACGCCAAUUAUGUCAACUCUCCAGGGAAAUAUUUUUGGAACAGCCAAUGUUAAUUGAAAUAACAGCCCCGGUGACAAUAUGUGGAGACAUUCAUGGACAAUAUGAAGAUUUAAUGAGACAUUUUGAUAACUGUGGAUUUCCACCAGAGUCUAAUUAUCUAUUCCUAGGAGAUUAUGUAGAUCGAGGAAAGAGAUCUUUGGAAACCAUUUGUCUGAUGCUAGCUUACAAAAUCAAAUAUCCCAACAAUUUCUUUUUAUUGAGAGGAAAUCAUGAAUGUGCUUCUAUAAAUAGAAUUUAUGGAUUUUAUGAUGAAUGCAAGCGGCGGUACAACAUAAAACUGUGGAAGACAUUCACUGAUUGCUUUAACUGUCUACCAGUUGCUGCACUAGUAGAAGACACCAUAUUUUGUAUGCAUGGCGGCUUAUCACCAGAUUUAACAGACCUAAAACAGAUAACAGAGCUUGAGAGACCACUUGAUGUCCCAGAUCAUGGUCUCAUUUGUGAUUUAUUGUGGUCAGAUCCUGAUGAGGAUAUUACAGGAUGGGGAGAAAAUGAUAGAGGUGUAUCCUUUACCUUUGGUGGAGAUAUUGUCAAAGAAUUUUUAAAAAAGCACAAUUUCAGCCUAAUUGUGAGGGCACACCAGGUUGUCGAAGAUGGAUAUCAAUUUUUUCAAAAAAGAAGGCUGCUGACUUUGUUCAGUGCUCCUAAUUACUGUGGAGAAUUUGACAAUGCUGGAGCUGUGAUGAGAGUGACUGAUGACUUGACUUGCUCAUUCAAAAUACUUGAGCCAAAAACAGUGAAGACAGUAGCUGUAACUAAAGGAAAGAAAUAGAUCCUAGGACACACAUUGCUGUAUUCAUAUAAUUGGUUGUGUACCAGUACUGUUUCUAUUUAUAUUGUUUCAUGUAUUUUGUAAUGCAACAAAGUUGCACAUCAAAGGAUAAGUCACAGACACUUCUCCUGAAGGAAUUAUUGAAUUCUUUUCAAAGAACUAAAUUUACUGAUUAAGGUAUUGUAAUUUUAAUUGUGUAAAUCAAUAAGAAAAAUAGAGCAAACUGUUGUACAGUAGAAGAUGUGGGAGACAGAGACAGCAGAUAAAGUAUGUCGUACUGUCAAAGGAAAGCUAAAACUUUGGAAUAUUGAUACAUGUAUAAACAAACAAAAAAAGUUCUGAAAAUUGUUUAUCACACUUUUACUCGGAUUUUGUCUUCGUAUAUGGGAAUUUCAUUUUUGAGUGAUGCUAUUCAGUGGUAAAAAAAGUGAUAAAGAUGAUUUCUAUAUAAUUCAUUACUAUGACUAACUAAGGUAUUUGGUACUCUGGAGGCCAAUUUUCAAUGGUAGUAUACAUAUUUCAUCCCAAUGUAUUCUUCUGUCUGUAAGAGCCCCUACCAGUUUUCUUUUUUCUUUGAAAAGAGCAUUUCUACUACGUCUUUAAAAAACUUGCAUGGAUGUUAAUUAAAUAUUUAAAUCAGCCUGCAGUAAAGAGAUAUAGAUUAUGGAGAGGAAAACCAAACUUAAGACUCCCAUAUGUUUAAAUAUAUAACAUUACUCUGACACAUUAUACAUGUAGUUAUGAAAAGCAGAUGAGAUCUUACAAGCAACCCAUCUUACAUUUUAAUUGUGCUCUGGUCACUGGACCAUGAUGCAUAUUACGACUUAAGCAUAUUUAAGAAUUCAAAAUUUUAAUCAAUGUAUUAUUAACUCUGAACUGAAACUCAAAAUCUGCAGCUACAUGUAGCAAGCUAGCAAAUUCUAGUAUUAUGCUUUGAAUAGCAUUUAAUGAUAUAUGUUGAACUUUUUUCUGGCAAUGUACAAAUUUUGAUGCCAAAAGUUUUCCUAUUUGUAAGACAUGGGUGCUCACUGGGAUGAAAAUAGAUUGUUCUACUUUCCACCUAUGUCUACAAUGUUCACAUAAUACAAUAUUUUGUUUCAUUGCUUACAUGUAAAGUUUGAGACAAUCAUUUAGAUUUUGCGUGAUGGAACAUAUUCUGUAGUCUGAGGAAGUCAGUGUUGCCCUCUGAUGGUAAUUUUAAUUUUAUAAUGUACUGAUGAUGAAUGUAUAACUUAUCAAAUCUAUUCAUAGUAAUGUGUUGAUUGUAUGCCAAAGUCCUUGAAACUUUGAUUAAAAAAAAUGA